UCAAUUAUGGAUAUGAGGACAUAAUUUAAUGUAAGACUUAAGAAUGGAACUACAGACGAAGCUUCAGCUUUUACAAUCCAUCUAUUUUCUUGGAUGAAUAUAAGGAUUUUUUUCUCCUAGUUCGUACGUUGGAUGGCAUGCUAUUACAAGAAAGGAGGAGCCGUCGUUACCCUACUGUAGCACUUCACGCUAACGUAGACGCCUAAAAGACCUAUGCAGGUGAGCGUGAGUGAAUCUUCAAAGUUUUGCUUGAAACAAUAGACCAGCUGAUUACUUUACACCAUAGCUUAAUUUCACGUAGCGAAAGAAUACAUUGACGAUUUGGAGCUUGUGGUUCCUUGCGGGGCAAUCACAAUCUUAAACGCGGUGAAACUGAAGGACAGAAAAAAUACGAACAGAUAAAAAUAAAACCCUUCACCCUGCCACGUUUGAACGAGCAGAAGAUUUCUAACACCCGAAGACUGGACUGGACCAUACCGUUCAUACCUCAGGAAACAUGUCAUCUCAAACUAAAUUCAAGAAGGACAAGGAGAUCAUAGGAGAGUAUGAGACGCAAGUGAAAGAGAUCCGUAACCAGCUGGUGGAGCAGUUCAAAUGCCUGGAGCAGCAGUCCGAGUCCCGCAUCCAGCUGCUGCAAGACCUGCAGGAGUUCUUCCGCCGCAAGGCCGAGAUCCAGCUGGAGUACUCCCGCAGCCUGGAGAAGCUGGCCGAGCGCUUCUCCUCCAAGAUCCGCAGCUCCCGGGAGCACCACCAGUUCAAGAAGGAGCAGCACCUCCUGUCUUCGGUCAACUGCUGGUACCUGGUUCUGAACCAGACGCGCAGGGAGAGCCGGGACCAUGCCACGCUUAACGACAUCUACACCAACAAUGUCAUCGUGCGUCUUUCCCAGAUUAGCGAGGACGUCAUCAGGCUCUUCAAGAAGAGCAAAGAUAUCGGCAUACAGAUGCACGAGGAACUGGUGAAAGUGACAAACGAACUCUACACUGUGAUGAAGACAUACCACAUGUACCACACGGAGAGCAUCAGCGCCGAGAGCAAGCUGAAGGACGCGGAGAAACAGGAGGAGAAGCAGUUCAGCAAGUCCGGCGACAUCAGCAUCAGCGUGCUCCGGCACGAGGAGCGGCCGCAGCGCCGCAGCUCCGUCCGCAAGAUGGAGAAGAUGAAGGAGAAGAGGCAAGCCAAGUACUCUGAAAACAAGCUGAAAUGCACAAAAGCCCGGAAUGACUAUUUACUGAACCUGGCAGCUACAAACGCAGUGGUGGCGAAAUAUUACAUCCACGAUGUCUCCGACAUGAUAGAUUGCUGUGACCUGGGUUACCAUGCCAGCCUGGCCCGUACCUUGCGGACGUACCUGUCGGCAGAGUACAACCUGGAGACGUCUCGCCAUGAGGGCCUGGACGUGAUCGAGAACGCCGUGGACAACCUGGACUCCCGCAGCGACAAGCACAAGAUCAUGGACAUACACAACCAGGUGUUCUGCCCGCCCAUGCGCUUCGAGUACCUGCCCCACAUGGGAGAUGAGGUGUGCCAGGUGAGCGCCCAGCAGCCCGUGCAGACAGAGCUCCUGAUGCGCUACCACCAGCUGCAGUCCCGCCUGGCCACGCUGAAGAUCGAGAACGAGGAGGUGAGGAAGACUCUGGACGCCACCAUGCAGACGCUGCAGGACAUGCUGACGGUGGAGGACUUCGACGUGUCCGACGCGUUCCAGCACAGCCGCUCCACCGAGUCCAUAAAGUCAGCCGCCUCCGAGACGUACAUGAGCAAGAUCAACGUCGCCAAGAGGAGGGCCAACCAGCAGGAGACCGAGGUCUUCUACUUCACGAAAUUCAAGGAGUUCCUGAAUGGCAGUAAUCUCAUCAUUAAGCUGCAGGCUAAACACGACCUCCUCAAGCAGACACUGGGAGAAGGAGAAAGGGCGGAAUGUGGGACAACAAGGCCCCCCACUCUCCCCCCUAAGCCACAGAAAAUGCGGAAGCCUAGGCCCCGCUCCGUGUACACCCAUAAGCUGUUUAACGGCAAUAUGGAGAGCUUCAUCCAGGAUUCAGGUCAGCCCAUACCACUUGUGGUGGAGAGCUGCGUUCGAUACAUAAAUCUUUAUGGUUUGCAGCAGCAGGGAAUAUUCCGGGUCCCAGGAUCUCAGGUUGAAGUCAAUGAUAUUAAAAACUCUUUUGAACGAGGUGAGGAUCCCCUCAUCGAUGACCAGAGUGAUCACGACAUCAACUCGGUGGCCGGCGUUCUGAAGCUGUACUUCCGAGGGCUGGAGAAUCCGCUCUUUCCCAAAGAGCGCUUCCUGGACAUGAUUUCCACCAUCAAACUUGAAUCGUCUGCUGAGAGAGCUCAUCAUAUCCAACAGAUUGUUGUAACUCUUCCUCGUACCAUCAUCAUCGUCAUGAGAUACCUGUUUGCCUUCCUCAACCACUUGUCCCAGUACAGCGAUGAAAACAUGAUGGACCCCUACAACCUGGCCAUCUGCUUUGGCCCCACCCUCAUGCCCAUACCGGAUGGGCAGGACCCCGUGGCCUGCCAGGCGCAUGUCAAUGAGGUCAUCAAGACCAUCAUCGUGCACAACGAGGUCAUCUUCCCCAGCCACCGCGAGCUGGAGGGGCCGGUCUAUGAGAAGUGCAUGACUGGAGGGGAGGAGUACUGUGACAGCCCCCACAGUGAACCAGGCACCAUCGAUGAGGUGGAUAACGGCACAGAGCCACACACCAGCGAUGACGAGGUGGAGCAGAUCGAGGCCAUCGCCAAGUUCGACUACGCCGGCCGCACGCCGCGGGAGCUGUCCUUCAAGAAGGGCGCGUCACUGCUGCUGUACCACCGCGCCUCCGAGGACUGGUGGGAGGGCCGGCACAACGGCGUGGACGGCCUCAUCCCGCACCAGUACAUCGUGGUGCAGGACAUGGACGAUGCGUUUUCAGACAGCCUCAGUCAGAAGGCGGACAGCGAGGCAAGCAGUGGGCCGCUCCUUGAUGAUAAGGCCUCAUCCAAGAAUGACAUCCAUUCUCCCUGUGAGCCUGAGUACACCUUCAGUGGUGUCAUGGGAAGGGUGAGGUUACGGUCAGACGGGGCCGCCAUACCACGUCGUCGGAGCGGGGCUGACACCCACAGCCCGCCCAGGGGCCCCGAUACCCCCCCGCGAGCCGCCGCCUGCCCCAGCAGCCCCCACAAGAUGCCGGGGAGCAGGGCCCGCAUGGAGAGCCCGGAGAAACGGCGGCUGGGCACGUUCGGCAGCGUGGGCAGCAUCAACUACCCCGAGAGGAAGGUGUACCCCGAGGGCCACCCGCUCCGACCCACCCCCGGGGCCACACGCCACAGCAGCCUGGGGGACCACAAGUCUCUGGAGGCCGAGGCCCUGGCAGAGGACAUCGAGAAGACGAUGACCACGGCCCUGCACGAGCUGCGGGAGCUGGAGCGGCAGAACACGGCCAAGCAGGCGCCGGACGUGGUGCUGGACACGCUGGAGCCCACCAAGAACCCGGCCAGCUCGGAGCCGGCCAGCCCGCUGCACACCAUGGCGAUCCGCGACCCCGAGGCCGCCAUGAGGCGCAGCAGCAGCUCCACCUCCGAGAUGAUGACCACCUUCAAACCGCCGCUGUCCGCCCGCCUGGCGGGGUCCCAGCUCCGGGCCCCGCCCGCCCGGCCCCCGCGGCCCGCCCCCGCCCAGCACCGCUGCAGCUCGUCCAGCUCGUCCGGCGUGGGCAGCCCCGCGGGCACGCCCUCCGAGAAGGGCUUCCCCACCAACUCCUCCUCCUCCUCCUCCGACAAGUCCGGCACCAUGUAG